GGGAGUCAUGGAAGACGAGAAAGUUGUGUACUCACGGUCGCAGCUGGUGUUCGCGGGCAUGAAGCCGCUGGAAGACGCCUUGGAAAUCUUCGUGCCGGAGUCGAAGCAAUUCAUGAGCUCGGACACGGAGCUGUGGAACUUCCUAUGUAGUCUGAAGCGAGACUUCUCCCCGGUCAUCCUUCGCAGCAAGGACGUGUACGGCUACUCUUCAUGCCGCUCCGUGGUGCCGGACCCCAGCCAGUUGAAGAGAACCAAGGAGCCGCCGCAGUCCGCCGCCCAGCCCAAGAAGCCGCCGGUGAAGAGAAAGCGGAGAGGCAUGAGGCUGAGCUGCAGGAAACGCCGGCGGGGCAAGACCGCUGCCAGCGACGAGUCCGGGGCCAGCAGUGGCUGCAGCAGCCCGACCCCGUCCGAGACCCCGUUGCUGCUGGGCAGGUCGCUGGAGGACAUCUGGAGAGCGGCGGCCCCCAAGCUUACAAGCUUCCCAACCAUCCGGGUGAGAGACGUGUCCUGCCAGGCGAAGGCGGCCGCUGCCUGCCGGAGGGCGCAGGAGAUCCUCCAGGUAAACCUCCAGCCCGUGGUCCUGAUCCGCCGCUUCCCGCUGGUGUCGCCCUGGUCGUCCUGAUGUGGCCGGGCUCUGGCCAGGUCCUGUGCACUUUCGCUCAGCCUGUUUACAUGUCUCCGGGAUCCCUCGCCUGUGGCUGCACUUUACUAUACAGUUUUACUACUAGAAGAGCGGGAUCCUCCGCUGGUCAGGAGAGAUGAUCCCGGGAUCCACCACGUCUGCUCCGCUCUCCAGGCACUAUGGACUUGAUCAUUGUGGAGUAGUUGCAAUAUGGGGGGCAGAAGCUGCAUUCUUCCCUGGAGUUGGGUGUCCGAGUAAGGUCCGGAAUGCAGCAAGCAUGGACAUGAGCCUUCGGUGGCUUCCCUGAUUGCCCCUGGCAGUGCCAGGUCUGCUGAGGGUGGCAACAGGUUUACUUGUAUGCAAAGACUUGGGGACCCUUGGGUGAUCUACUCGUGUGGCAACUACCUCAGUACCCGGAGCUCCUCUCCCCCUAUCCAAAGACUUGUUUAGUAUCUUCUCACUUUCUUUCAACUUUUUGUUUCUUUGGUGCCAAGUAUUUUCAAAAUGUCUGGAUGGCGCCAAGCCGCUGCAGGCUGGAUGCCCGUUUAUGCAAAAUGAUUAUUUUUUAUUAAUUGUCAAGGGAAUUGCAAGAACAUAAGUGUCUGGUUCUGAUCCAUGUGGUUGCUUGUCUGUGCCAAGCCUCAUGAACAAACUAGCACUAGUGUCUUUCUAUAGGUGUUGAAUAAAGUCAGGCUUUUCUGUACAAUCUCCAGUCUUGUUUUCCGUGGAGCAGACGUUGGAUAGCUGUAGCUUUUGUGGUCUGACUUUUUAGUGGCAUUCGUGCAAGACACAAUAUUGUUACAUUUUGUAGAAAACCCAACUUCCAAGGAAGGAUAUUUAUUCCCUUAUUUUUAAUGUGACUGGUGCUCACAGGAUGGGUAACUUGUGACAUAAUGUUACGAUUGGUGCCACCUAUGCCAGAUGUAUGUGCCUUUCUACAAAUUAAGCUGUCAACUUCCAGAUGUUGGUGGCACAGGAAGUGUGAGACUGUUGGACAGUAACUGGUGCUAUCUUGAUUAUUCUAUUCUGGAUUUCUUCUAAAAUUCAAUUUCUACUUUGUUACAAAAGCUGACUACACUUCCUGUAUGCACUGGACAUGGUCUGACCCUGUGAUACCCUCUCAUUCCCUGCAGUCCUGUGCCACAAAGGACCAAAUGUAUAACAUCUAGUGUAGUCCAAUAAAGCAGCUGCCUAUAAAGACGGAUGACAUUCCUCCUUUCUUUUUACCAGUGCUGGUAAAUUUUAUUUUAUAUUUAAAUAGCAGUCAUUGGUUGCGAUUAGAAAAGGCCUAGAGCCUAGGGGGCCAGGUAGCAAGAAGAAAUGACCUAUUAGGCUGGCUUCACAUCACAAUGUCAGGUAUC